GAGGGGAGAGAAAAGCUGAUGAGCUCUCCGAUGGAGGUUUCGCUAGAGAAUGGCUCCGAGGUAACCGACCUCUCCAAGCCGGAGGGCGUCUCUGGCCGCCCCGCGCCUUUGCCCCCGCCGAUCUCCGCCGCAGAUGAUAAGGUCCUCGUUUCCGUUGAGGUCUGCUUGAAACCCUCGAGCACUGCUCGAGCUGAGGACGCACGCGCCGCCGUUGAAAGGAUGCUUGAGAAAAGGAGCAUGACCUAUGUUGAUGGUCCCAUUCCAGUGCCUGCUGAUGAUUCUUUUUUUGUUGAAAAUGUAAAAAGAAUCUUAGUUUGUGACACAGAUGAGUGGGUGGAGAACCAUAAAGUCUUACUAUUUUGGCAAGUCAGACCGGUUGUGCAUGUAUAUCAGCUUAAUGAAGAGGGCCCAGGUGAGGAACCAAGUGGAGAUGAUAUGCUUUCUAGCUUCAACGAGUGGGUUCUACCAGCAAGAGAAUUUGAUGGAUUGUGGGAAAGCUUAAUAUAUGAAACUGGUCUCAAACAGCGGUUGCUGCGGUAUGCCGCUAGUGCUCUUUUGUUUACCGAGAGAGGUGUAGAUCCUUGCCUCGUGUCAUGGAACAGGAUUAUCCUUUUACAUGGACCUCCCGGAACUGGAAAGACAUCUUUGUGCAAAGCAUUGGCUCAAAAGCUUUCUAUACGUUUGAAGUCAAGGUACUCAUGGUGCCAGCUAGUAGAAGUCAAUGCUCAUUCAUUAUUCAGCAAAUGGUUUUCAGAAAGUGGAAAAUUGGUUGCGAAGCUUUUCCAGAAAAUCCAGGAAAUGGUGGAAGAAGAAAAUAAUCUUGUAUUCGUCUUGAUUGAUGAAGUCGAAAGCCUUGCUGCUGCCAGACAAGCGGCUGUGUCUGGUUCCGAACCAUCAGAUUCCAUAAGGGUUGUGAAUGCUUUGCUUACUCAGAUGGACAGAUUGAAAUCUUGGCCUAAUGUGAUAAUUCUCACGACAUCAAAUAUAACGACAGCCAUUGAUAUUGCUUUUGUUGACCGAGCAGACAUCAAGGCAUAUGUGGGCCCCCCUACACUUGAAGCACGAUAUGAAAUAUUGAGGUCAUGCCUACAAGAACUUCUGCGAGCUGGAAUUGUUACAUAUCCUCAGGAUCAAGUUCAUUUCCAGCUUCUCAACUAUUCUACUUUGAAAGAGACACUGCAUCCAUCGGAGCCGACAGAGCUUGAAGGGCCGCUUCAUUUGUCGAGGAUUCUGCUUGAAGCUGCAAAAGCAUGUGAGGGAUCAAGUGGUAGGGCUUUGAGAAAGUUGCCUUUCUUGGCUCAUGCAGCUCUUUCUAACCCCCACGCUUGUGAUCCUAGAAGGUUUCUGUACACCUUGACAGAAACUGCAAGGAGAGAACUCGCUGAAUUGAAUGCUUAACAUUUCGAUGUGGUAAGUGACCUAUUGGCAUGUCUAAAGAAUGUCAUCUCAUGUCAAUGGUGCUGUCUUUAGCUUAAUGAUACUGUCAAUUACAAAGUAGUUGUUGAAUGCA